AUGAAUGAAUUACCCCUAUCUUUAACAUGUUUGGACUGGUUAAAUACAGAUCAAUUAUGGACAUUAUGGAAGUUCUCAAAUAAGUCUGUUAAUCAAGCUUUAUUAACAAAGAGACAAUUUCAAGAUAAAUUUCGUGUAGAAAAUUUUACUUGGAGAUUGUGGUAUCAUUGUCAUCAACAAAAACUAUCAAUUAAUAAUAACAGCGCCACUGCCGACACGAGUACUACUACCACUACUACUACCAAUAAUAAUAAUAAUAAUACCAUUAUACAAAGACCAGUUUCAAAAUUUUAUUUGGAUGAUGAAGAUGAAGAAGAAGAAUAUGAGGACGAUAAUAAUUGCUCUGUAUUUUCAUCUGAAGAAGAGGAAGAAGAAGAAGAAGAGCUUUUAUUCGAAAAAAAGUUAAACCAAUCUUAUAGCAAUACAUCAUCUCUUUUAACACAAAUGCUAAACCCUAAGCAAGAAGAAAUAAUAACAGAAUAUAAUACUACUGCUUUAAAGCGAUGUCAAGCAAAAUAUCAAUGCUUAAAUGAAUGGUUUACUACCGAAAUAAUACAGCAAUAA